AUGGUGUUCUACUUCAAGGCCGUCAUCCCCGAUGAAAUCGUCGACAUCGAACGGCAGAUCUAUAUGGGUCGGGAUAAGAUCGAAAACGACCCGUUGAUCCACCACUCCCACCCGAAAAACAUUUGGUUCCACGUCGAUAACGUCUCCCUGGCUCACGUCUACCUUCAGUUGACGGCUGAUGAGAUCAAGCUGUGGAAACUGUUUCAACUGUUUGACAUCGAUGAACGAGUCUUAGAGCAGAUGGCUCAGUUGGUUAAAGCUAAUUCCAUCAAGGGCAAUAAGCUUAAUAACGUCACUAUCAUCUAUACUCCAGUGGAAAACCUUCACACUGAUGGGCUGAUGGAUACCGGUACUGUCACUUUCAAAAACCCUAAAUUAGUGAAACGAGUGAAAGUGGCUAAAAAGGAUAAUGCCAUUAUCAACAAAUUAAAUAAGACUAAGACCGAGGGACUGACUGAAGACUUUAUCGCUGCUCAACAAGAACUUGCUAAACAGAUUGAUCGUGAGAGAAAGGAACAAGAACGUCUUGACAAAGAACUUGAAUUACAAUACGCUGAGGCUAAACGCACCAAAAAUGACCCUUACGCCGACUUAUACUCACAAGAGGCGGUCAACGCUAACCUGAAUGAGUUCCGUAACGAGAACUGGGUCGACGACGAGUUUUGGUGA